AUGUAUCUCGAGAACACAAUUGUACUGUCAGUGUUCCUGAGCAUUGCCGCCAGCUUGGUCGCAGCCAAUGUCCAAGGUGAAUUUGAACAGCAACACAUGAACGAGGCGCAUCAAAUUGAAGUGACAGAUGAGGUUACCUUCUUCAAACUGCACGAUGUAGAUGGCGAUGGUUUCUGGGACGAGAAGGAGCUACAAUCCAUGUACGGCUUGGAAAGAGACAUUGAUCCCAAUACAAGCCAUAUCAGGAAAAUCAUUGACCGCGUCUAUGAGGAGAUGGACAUGAACAAGGAUCGUUUCAUUUCAUUGGAUGAAUACAUUACAGCCAAGCUACCAUCAAUCACUACAAGGGAGGAAAAGCUGGAGAAGGAAUACAGGAAAAAGGCACCACCACCGCCUGCAAAGAAUAGUAAAAGAGAUCCAGCAUCCGGCAAAAAGGCUGAACCAGUUGUCAAGAACAAGAGAUCCAGCAGUAAAAGCGUUGAGGGAGUUAUUCCCAACAAGUUCAGAGCUUGA